CACUGAUUCCCAUGUUACAUGAAGCUUGCUUGACUUGGUUCAAGAAUAUUCAAGAAUGCCUUUCCAUUGGCACCCGACCUAAUUCCCUAAGAUUGCUAUUCCUCUCGUCCCCCCUCCUCAACUUUCCCUUCCCCUCGGCAACAUGAAGAUCGAAGGUCGGACAUUCGUCAUCUCGGGUGGCGCCUCCGGCCUAGGACGGGCCUGCGUCGAGGACAUAUGCCGUCACGGCGGCAGCGCCGCCAUCCUGGACAUGAACGAGGAGCAAGGGGCGGCCCUCGCCAAGGAUCUCGGGCCGGCCGCCCGCUUCUGGGCAUGCGACGUCUCCGACACGGAGAGCAUCGCCGCCGCCGUGAAGGGAGUCGCAGAGUGGGCCACCGCGACCGGCAAGCCGCUUGGGGGCGUCAUCUCCGCCGCCGGCGUGGGGAAUCCGAACCUGAUGCUCGAUAAAAGGGGCAACCCCCUCCCCCUAGAAUCCCUCGACUUCGUGCUGGGCAUCAACCUCCGCGGCACGGUCGACCUGGUCCGGCAGGUCCUCCCGCACCUCUCCGCCGCUCCCCCAAUGGGCCCGGACGGCGAGCGCGGCGUCGUGGUCAUGGUGUCCAGCGCGGCGGCGUUCGACGGGCAGAUGGGCCAGGUGGCGUACGCGGCGAGCAAGGGCGCCGUGGCGGCCAUGACGCUGCCCAUGGCGCGCGACCUGUCGCGAGUAGGCGUCCGCGUCGUCACCGUCGCGCCCUCCAUCUUCGAGACGGGUAUGUCCGCCAUGCUGUCGGACAAGGUCCGUAGGGGGUUGGAAAAGGCUAUGGAAUUCCCCGCUAGGGCGGGCAGGCCGGACGAGUUCGCGUCGCUUGCGAGGCACGCCAUUGAGAACUCCAUGCUCAACGGCGUGGUCAUCCGGCUGGAUGGCGCGACGAGGAUGCCUAGCAGACUUUGAGGUUGGUGGAGGUGGCAUAAUGUGUAAAGGGGAUAGGAAUCCCAGACGAGGCUGAUCCGCCAUUCUUGGAUAAUGGUACCCUACUCUGCAGUGCUAUCUGCCAUUGUCGAAUCAUGUACUCUACACUUCAGCCAAUCUACCCUACCAGAUACAUGAGAAUUACAACAACCAAACGCCCUUAUGACACUAAUGUCGGAUGUGGCCUGGUUGAUGGCCACUACAGGUUUCUUUUGUCAAGCAUUCAAAACAUCUUGAUAACCUCCGAUAUCGACAUGUGUCCAUGCAUGCCG